UCCUAAAAAUUGAAACGAAAAUAUUCUUUUUCUCUCUUAGAAUCCUACUUUCUCUCUCAUCGUUGAGAUCCUUAGUUUGAUUUUGAUGUUCACACUUUUUUUCAUUUUCAUCCGUCACCCUUUAGAUUAAAUUUGAUUUUUUCGAAUUAUUUCAGAUAGUGUUGUGUUAUUAUUAAGAUUAUAAUUUGCAAUCGCGGGGAAAUUUAUCUGAGAUUUCCCUGGCGACGGAUUUGUAGAUGAAUUCUUCUUCAGCGAAUUUUAUUAUGGCUUAUAGACUUACAAACGCUUCAGAUUGGUGGAUAGAAGUUAAUAAUUCACCUAUUUGGCAGAAUCGGAUUUUUCAUACCCUUGCUGGAUUAUAUGGUUUUGUUGCUGUUGUCGCUCUGAUCCAACUUGUUCGGAUAGAAUUAAGAGUUCCCGAGUAUGGUUGGACCACACAGAAGGUCUUUCAUUUCUUGAAUUUUGUGGUGAAUGCUGUUCGUUCUGUUGUCUUUGUGUUUCGAACGGAUGUUCAACGGAUAAAACCAGAGAUUCUACAGCACGUCUUGCUUGAUACACCCAGUCUUGCAUUCUUCACUACAUAUGCACUCCUUGUUCUGUUCUGGGCUGAAAUAUACUACCAGGCACGUGCAGUAUCUACUGAUGGACUUCGGCCAAGUUUCUUCACAAUUAACGGGGUGGUGUACGCCAUUCAGGUAGCUCUCUGGUUGAUCAUGUGGUGGAAACCUAUCCACCUUAUGAUAGUCUUGUCCAAGAUAUUUUUCGCAGGUGUAUCAUUAUUUGCAGCCCUCGGGUUUCUUCUCUAUGGAGGAAGGCUCUUCUUGAUGUUGCAACGGUUCCCUGUUGAAUCAAAAGGACGGCGCAAAAAGUUACAGGAGGUUGGCUAUGUCACCACCAUAUGUUUCUUAUGUUUCCUCACAAGAUGCAUAAUGAUGUGCUUUAAUGCCUUCGACAAAGCAGCUGAUCUUGAUGUUUUAAACCACCCAGUUCUCAACUUCCUCUACUAUCUGUUGGUGGAAAUUCUUCCAUCUGCUCUGGUGCUUUUCAUAUUAAGGAAGUUGCCACCUAAGCGUGGGAUAACACAAUAUCACCCAAUCCGUUAAAGACAAUUAUCGUCAGAUGAAUAUAGCUGGGCAUGGUAGUUAUUGCUGUUUGAAGAAAUAGCUUAUCUUCUCUGGAUGACGGAUGAAAGUGAAGAAAUUAACAUGGAGUUGAUAACAGAAACUGGCACCAAAUUAGCAGCUGGAGAUUUGGUUUUGACAAGAAGGGUUUCCUAGUUCUUCUUUGUCUGUGAUUGUAGAUUUUAUGAAGAAAAAGAAAAAAAAGUUCAAAAGAAAAAGGUAUAAGGAUAAAGCUUGUUAAAUAUUUCGAGUCAGUUAAAAAAAAUGUAAUGACCUUUUCUGUGUCACUCUAGAGAUUUAAUAUAGAGUUGGAUUUUUUUUUCUUUUUUCUUGACAUAACAGUGCUGGCAAAGUAUUCUUUUUGAA